UAUUGUGAGUUUCUUUGACAACACACAAUCACUUCCUUGUUCCGAGUUCAGUCUUGUUGCAUUGAAGCUAAAAUGUAUUCCCGGCUGAAGAGUUAUCUUGAGAUUGUAUGCUUGAUUUUCUUUGUGCAUAAUGCAUUUUGCAGUCAAAACAAUGCUAAAUGUGGUAUUUGCGAUUCAGGCGCAUGUGAAGCUCCGAGAAACUGUUUGGCUGGUUUGGUAAAAGAUUCUUGCAAUUGUUGUUAUGUAUGUGGAAAUAAGGAGGGAGAGCGAUGUGACCAUGACUCUGUGCCCUUUCAAGGGUUAGGUGGUUGUGGUGCAAAUUUAGAAUGUCGGGCUCGAAAUGAUCUGCAUCGAGAUGAUCCACCAGAAGCUGUAUGUGUCUGUACCCAGCAGAAACCGAUAUGCGGAAGCGAUGGGGUUACGUACGAUAACAUUUGUCAAUUUACAGAAGCUCGGUAUAGUAGAAGAGAUGGUCUUAGAGCUGUAUCUACGCAACCUUGCGUUGAACCUCCAAGAAUUGUCUCUCCCCCUCAAAAUAUUAGAAAUACAACAGGUAGCUACGCAGCUUUAACAUGUGAAGCAAAAGCCUGGCCUUUACCGACUAUUCAUUGGGAAAGAAAUAAAAAUAAUAAACUUGUCAGACUUCCAGGAAAUGAGACUCGCCUUUUGGUCCAGUCUCAAAACGGACCAAACAGGGAUGAAACAACAAGCUGGUUGCUUUUCUUGAGUCUUGCGAACGAAGACAGAGGGACCUACAUUUGCAAAGCAGAAAAUGAUCUUGGAUCGGCAACUGCAACAGCAACGGUUCACAUUUUCGAUUAGAUUAACUAUAAGUGCCUGCAAGAACUGCCUUAAGAACUUAAAACUAAAUUAAGGGGGGGGAGGGGUACGCGAAACAUGAAUUAAACUUCGUUGAAAGGUUUUCUACCAACUUACAUUAAGUCUUAUUACUUUUUAUAAGUAUCUUUAUUUUUACACACUUUUAUUUAAAAUGAUUUGCGUCAUCUAGAUAUAAAGUUGGAAUUCUGAAAUCGACUUCUCAUUCAUUUUUUGGAUGUUAGAAUUUUGUUUAUGUUAGAAAUUUUUAAUUUUUAUACUUGUGUGUUCUCGAUGAAAAUACAUUAUUUUUCAAUUAUCAAAACUUAUUAGUUCAUUAUUUCAUUUAUUUGAAUAUUAAUUCCAUGCCAUCGAUGCUGCGUAGUAAUGAAUUUGAGGGGAAAAAAUUGAUUUCGAGAGUCCGCAAUUUUUAUGGUAAUGAGCUGAAAACUUAAUACAUAAAUUAUUUUAGUUAAUUUAGGCUAAAAGGUAUAAAAUCAUUCAAAUAUUUGGACUUAUAAAAAAUCGAUUUUAGAAGAACAUUAAUUUUUAUUAAUUUCAUUUAGAAGCAUUCUUGCUUAUAAAUGCUAAAGAAUCUGGGGGAAAAAGUCCUUUAAGGGUUUUCACGUUCUCAAAGGGGGUGUGACUCACAGCUUAAAAAAUUCUAAUUUAAAGAAUAAAUAUUUUUUUUAAACUUUUUUAUAGAAUUUGUCUAUUUUCUUUAGUGUAAAACUAUACAUUUAAGAAUGUUUGUGAAUUUACUGAAAAUUAUUCUUCUAAAUUUUUCUUCAAACAUAAUGUAAGUUUUCUAUUAAUAUGAACAAAUUUAUUUUUAUCAUAUCAUUCCAUAAAUAGCAUCCUUAAUUCAAUUUUUUAUUUGGGGCUAAAUUCAAUUUAUAAUGAAAUAUCACCUAAAGAUUAAAAAUUUCUAUUGGAAAUACUAAAUAAUACUUUAUUGCAAUUGGUUAGAUAAUUUAGACGGAUAUAGUCACCGCCUUCACAUGAAACAAUUAUUUUUGUUGUUCAUGAUAAGACUUGUGAGAUUUCAAUAAAUAUGUUCUUUUA